GGAAGAGCACUUGACCCCCCCCUGGGCAAUCUGCGAGUGAUUUCGGACCCUCAGAAAAUUUGGAAUUUGCACUCUUCCUCAUCUUCAAUAUCCGAGGUCGGCACGAGGAGAUUUGAAACGCGAGGCUGAGUUCUCUCUGUUUUCCGCUUCUCCGGCAGGAACCUUCGGGGAAGCGUGGAAGGAAGAGAAAGGCAGGGCGUUCGUGUGAUGACCGGCCACUUCCGUCUCUGCGUGAUCGUGGGAUCACGCCUUGCACCGCUGAGUGGACGCAUUCUCGCACAUCUGGCCGCAGUUGAGUUUGUUAAUACAAGCGGAAACUGAUGCGUGCAGAGGGGGGCAAAAGUCUUUCUUCUACCCACUCUCCAAGGGCCCCCAAAGACCUUGCAGAUCGAUCUAGUGCUUCUUAGACCCCUGUUCGGCGGACAAGGGGUUAAACAUUGGAGCAGAGACUGGGAACUCCUAGCACUUUAAGGGAUUCGUGUGUAUUUACAAAAAUGACUGUUGACCAUUACUCGACACCAGCAGUGUGGGAUUCAUAAGCGUCUCUCACCCUCCUGCAGCUCCAACAUGUUCUCCAACUGGUUAACUCGGCUAAAUAGGGGUGUAGGCACACCCACCGGAAAGAUCGCCCAGCUGAUCUGGGGGUCUCUCUCCAGAAGUCUGUCACUGAGUUCACAGCGGAGAGUUCCAGGUGAAAGCGAACUCAGUAGCUUUGUCACCCGGACCAACACGUGUGGAGAGUUGCGUUCUUCUCAUUUAGGUCAGGAAGUCACCUUGUGUGGAUGGAUUCAGUACCGAAGGCAAAACAUCUUCCUGGUCCUAAGAGAUUUCCAGGGACUUGUUCAAGUUGUCAUUCCCCAGGAUGAGUCAGCUGCUUCCGUGAAGAAGAUCUUAUGUGAGGCGCCCGUGGAAUCUGUGGUGCAGGUGUCCGGGACAGUCAUUUCCCGGCCUCCAGGACAAGAGAACCCGAAAAUGCCAACCGGAGAGAUUGAAAUCAAGGUUAAAACAGCCGAACUUCUGAAUUCCUGCAAGAAGCUGCCCUUUGAAAUUAAGGACUUCGUGAAGAAAACCGAGGCUCUUCGUUUGCAGUAUCGCUACCUGGACUUGCGCAGUUUCCAGUUGCAGCGCAACCUUCGGCUGAGGUCCCAGAUGGUCAUGAAAAUGAGGGACUUUCUCUGUAAUCUACACGGGUUCGUGGAUAUAGAAACUCCAACCUUGUUUAAGAGGACUCCAGGGGGUGCAAAAGAGUUUGUAAUCCCAUCCAGGGAACCUGGGAAAUUCUAUUCUCUACCUCAGAGCCCACAACAGUUUAAACAGCUCCUGAUGGUCGGCGGUUUAGACCGGUACUUCCAGGUUGCCAGAUGUUACCGAGAUGAAGGUUCGCGGCCGGACAGGCAGCCCGAGUUCACUCAGAUCGACAUAGAGAUGUCUUUUGUAGACCAGACUGGGAUCCGUAGUCUCAUUGAGGGUUUGCUCCAGUAUUCCUGGCCCAAAGACAAAGGUCCGGUGAGGGUGCCUUUUCCCUGUAUGACUUUCGCUGAGGCGUUGGCCAGCUAUGGAACCGAUAAGCCUGACACUCGCUUUGGGAUGAAGAUUGUAGAUGUCAGCGAUGUGUUCCGAAACACAGAGGUUAGAUUUCUUCAGGACGCACUCAGUGAACCCCAAGGAACCGUCAAAGCCAUACGUGUCCCUGGAGGAGCAAAAUACUUAAAAAGGAAAGACAUUGAGUCCAUUAGAAAACUUGCAGCUGACCAUUUUGAUCAGGAAGUCCUACCUGUGGUCCUGAAAGCCAGUCAGAACUGGAAUACGCCAGUUGCCAAGUUCGUGAUGGAGGAACAGGGAUGGGAACUCGUCGGACGACUGGAGGCCCAGGAAGAGGAUGUGGUCCUGCUCACCGCCGGAGAGCACAGGAGAGCAUGCUCUUUGCUGGGAAAAUUACGCCUGGAAUGUGCUGACCUUCUAGAAGCAAGAGGAGCGGUGCUCCGGGACCCAGCCCUGUUCUCCUUCCUUUGGGUGGUGGAUUUCCCACUGUUCCUUCCCAAGGAAGAACAUCCCGGAGAACUGGAGUCUGCCCACCACCCGUUCACAGCUCCCCACCCCAGUGACGUCCACCUCCUACACACCGAGCCCGAAAAGGUCCGUAGCCAACACUAUGACUUGGUUUUAAAUGGCAACGAGAUAGGGGGUGGUUCUAUCCGAAUUCACGACGCUCAGCUCCAGCGCUACAUCCUGGAAACGUUACUGAAGGAAGACGUGACAUUGCUGUCCCACCUGCUCCAGGCUUUAGACUCGGGGGCGCCCCCUCAUGGAGGAAUCGCCUUAGGGUUGGACAGGCUGAUGUGCAUCGUCACUGGAGCGCCAAGCAUCAGAGAUGUCAUAGCCUUCCCCAAAUCCUUCCGGGGGCACGACCUCAUGAGCAAUGCCCCGGAUGUCAUCCCUCCCGAGGACCUGAAGCCCUAUCAUAUCCAGGUCUCCUGGCCGACAGACUCAGAAGAGGAAAAGAACUCAUUGAGUCAUCCACGCCGUCCAGAAAGUUGAGCUUUGACGUUUCACCCUCUUUGCUCCCUCAAGGCUAAAAUCAGAUCCAAGUUCACAGAUCUGACCUGUCUUUAGGUGGAAGGGCUCCAGGCUACAUUCUUCACCACAAAGAAGCGACACAUAGAAGGUAGCUGGUCUUGCACUUGAUAAUGUGCAUUAUUAGGGUGUUUUUGAGGUUCCUUUUCUACUUGGAGAGGUGUGAGAGAAGGCUCUUUGUGGAGUAAUACAAUGGCUCUUUCCUGAUCACGGUUUUCAUACCUGGAUAGUAGACUGUUCACUCAGGACAGAAGUAAUCAAAUCAUGUGUGGAAUGUAAGAAAAUAAGCGCCCCUUGAGACUGGUGAGUUGCUGGAGGAGUCAGUUUAACCGGCGCCAUCAAGAGAAUCCUAUGAAUUCAGCCGGGCUGUAACAUUUCAGCUAUGGACAUAGGGAGAAGCCACGCGCUGUAACACAGAACAUCAAUGAAGUCCACAAAACCCUAGUCAUUGCUGCCCCUCAGUUGCUGGAGCCUCUUGGCCUCCCUCCUGCUUGUGGGCAACGCAAACUGCCUGCCCUGGCCACCACACCUCGGCAGAAUCAAAGGAGACAAUGUAUGUGGGAGACCAUGAGAGUGAAAAUGCUCUGAAAAACGGUGAGGCGUGGCUCAGAUGUAAGACCACCCUCCCUUCUGGAAUCAUGGGUGUAUCUACGUACUUUAUAAUGUAAGGUUAUAAAGUACUACUGACUAUAGUGAAGGAAAAAGUCAAUUUAUUAAUCAGUAUUGCUUCUAUUUGUUUUUUAAAAAUAACUAAUUCCUGAAUAACUUUUGCUCAAUUUUUUGAAAGUAUGUUGUUGACAAAAGUGAAAGCUUAUGAUUAAUAAAUAUAGGAACA